AAUCUACACAAGCCUAAAAAAAAUCAUCAAAAGUUGUAUGACAUUCUCAAUAUACACGUACCCGAAGAGUUCUCUUCCGAAGUACAAAGUUGCAAGGUAAAAAUGUUUGGGUUGACCCUUCUUGUGAGUGAUCCUGACCGAUAUCACGAUGUUUUUUCCAAUGGUUUCGCGCGGAUCGCCAUGAAGGAAACUGUCCUACGAGAGGUUUCUCAAUACUUUGAUGAACAUGUGAUGACGAAAUUGACUGCCGCAUUUCCAGCUGACGAUCGGUUUAAUCUCCUUGGCGUUGGUGUAGGGGAAGGUCAUCAUGAACAACAUUUUCUGAAGACUCUCGGUUCCCAUUUCUCAUCAAUAAUGAAUGUAGCUGUUGAUCGUAACGAACGCUUGCUAGAAUCGUUCAAAAUCAACGCAUGCGGGUCGACACCGGAUGAGAAAUCGCAUUGUGAUAUGCGAUGGUUCAACGGUACUCUCCAGCAGUUCUUCGACGAAAGUCCUCUGGCAAAUUGCAAGUACAACCUCAUCAGCGCUAUACAUUCGAUGUACCACGUAGGUGACAUUGAGACGAUCUUCACCCGGCUGGCUUCGACGCUGAAAGACAAUGGUGUCAUUAUAGUCGUACUUUCAGAAACAACACUGAUGAGAGAGACUCUACUCCGAAAUACAUGGCUCCCUGCAAGUCACGGUACUCAUAAGGAACCAACUGAAGACAAGGUUAUCACGUUUAUGGAGCAAAGGAGUUAUACGAUCGAUGUAAGAAAGAUAAAUAUCAAGUGGGAUCUCACUGACCUAUUCGAAGAGAAAUCCGAACUUGGUGAUAAACUUGCCGAUUUCUUUACCUCAGUGGCGCACUUCCGGAGAACAGCCCCCGCUGAAAAGCUAAACGAAUUGAUGUCGUUUUGGCGGUCUUUUUGUUCAGAGGGUGAGGAUGGCCGUCUAUAUGCCCCGGCAGACGAUCUUAUCAUAACUGCAUCAACAUGAAUAUUGUGGAAUUUGUAACACAAGUUAAUGGCCCGAGCUGAUAAAAAGUGGAGGGAAUUAUUAGACUCCCGCCGCACUGAAAUUAACACAGUUAUUUCCCAUGUGCGCUCGUACAAUGCAUGGGUCAUAU